AAUAUUAUACACUGCGAUGUAUUGUUUAUUUUAUUUCAUUAUCAUAUUUAUAAAGUAUUUUAAUAUAAAAAACACGAAUGCAUUUUCGACUCGCUUUUAGUAAAUUGUCAUUCAGGGUCUAUGGCAAAACUGUGAAGUUGAAAUGGAUUCGAAGCACAGGCACUAUUUUUUAUGUUUUCCUUAAUUAUGUAACAUAAAUUAAGUCGUAUAUUUUAAAAUUUUCUCGAUUUUAUAUACAGAUUAUUAUUACGCAGGUAUAAAGUUAUCAACUAUUACAAAAUGUAAGUGUGAUUUAAUAUUUUUUUUCCCAUUUUUAUGUUACCAUAAACUAAGCAAUAAAUCUGAUGGACUUUCAAUCUGGUUAAAAGAUUAUCUCAGGCUUGUUAGAGUACUUUAAAGUUUUUUUUAAAGGCUUGCUUUUACAGUUAAUGUUUGUUAGAAUUUUUAUUUACGUAUUUUUUAAUAAUUAUAAUAAAAUUACAAUUUUUAACAUAUGUAAAUGUAAGAUAUUUUUAAGUGAAUCUUGAAAUAAAUUUCUACUUAUAUUUCAUAACUGUUUGUUUUAUGUUUUCACUCUCCACUUCUUCUUUUUAUUUAUUGAUUGUUAAUUGUAAUUUUGCAAUACAAACCUUAUCUUUUGACAUUCUCUACCAGUUAACCUUGCGUGUCGUUUUAUUUCAUUAUGGAUUGAGUGAAAUAUACACUACACAGUACAACUACUGUAUUUUUAACCCCCGACGAAAAAGAGGGGUGUUAUAUGUUUAAGGUAUGUAGAUACACACAGAUGUGUGUGGCAUCGUAGCUCCCUAACGGAUGAACCGGUUUAGGUUAAGUUUUUUUUUCGUUUGAAAGAUGACUUGAUCGAGUGUUCUUAGCUAACGAAAUAUUUUCAGCCGUUUGAAGAUAAUCAGCUCGUUUUAUUCGAAGAUUUUGAAAUUUAAGUUAUAUUUCUAUACUAGCUACGGAAAACCGAAUACAGUCUUGAAUAAAAUACAAAAACCCAAGUUUAUUUCUUACCAAUUGUACCUCAAUUUAUAGGUAAACUUAAUUCGUACUUCGAAACAUUUCUAGCAGACUUCAAAAAAUGAGGAGGUUCCCCAUUCGACUGUAAGUUUUUUUUGUAUCUAUUUUAAGCGAUAUAUUCGAUAAUGAUUUUUUUAUUAAAUAGGUUAUUAUGUGGUGUAUAGACUAUAUAAAUUUGUAAUAAAAUACCACCUCCUCUCAGGAAAAAUAGGGGACGAAAUUUUUAUAGUAGACGACAUUUGAGCUUGUGAUUUUUCUUAGUCCAUUCAAAAGGGUAAAAGGGCAAAGAACUAAAAACAAAAAAAUAACAUCACUUACUGAAGUCGGAAUAUCCACUACCCCAUAUCAUACCGUGGGUUUCGUAAGAGGCGACCGAGGUAAACAAACCUGGAUACGGGCAGCAGCGCCUUCUCUUAGAGCAUUUGGUAUCAUAAUGACACACACACCACAGUAUCUUUAUAACAAAUUAGACUUUUCACAGCGACAGGUUAGAAUAGCAACUCGUUUAGUAUGUCCAAGAAACAGUACAUCGGCAUUUCGAGGUAGCUUUCGUUAUUAUGCCACGAAAUGCUGGAACAACAUUCCACCACCAAUUAGAAAUCAAGCUUCAAUCGGUUUGUUUAAAUAUAACUACAAAAAAUACUUACUCAAUAUUCAAAAGUCAAUUUAUUGAAAAUUAUUUACUGUGUCUUACAUACUUUGCUAUUCCGUUUAUUCGUUUCCUUUUAAUCUUAUUUAAGUAAUUGCUAUUUAUAUUAUAUUAAUUUAUUAUAAGUACUUAUGUAUGUUUUAUUACUUAUUAUUAUUAGUGUAAUCGUGUAUAUGAUUUAAAUAUACUGUAUUUUCAUAUUGACUAAACAUUGUAUAAUAAUGAAUAUUGUUAAGUUUUGUUUUUGUUAAAUGUUAUCGGCACCCACGGAAGAUCAGUGUCGAAGUACUUUGUUAGUACCAAGACUAUGCUGAGUUGGGUACCUUUUUAGUAACCGUUUAUCUUAAUAUGUUAUUAUGGUUAGCAAACUUCUAAAAUGUGUUACUAAAUAAACUUAUUUUCUUUCUUUCUUCUUUCUUCUUUAUAAGCAAGCUAUAUACUCUAAGCGUCUUCCUAAUCUAUACAAAUAAAUAAAAUUGAAGUGUCUGUUUGUAAUGUAAAAGUUACAGCGUUUUACUAAAUGCAUAUGAAAGUAUAAACGGUACUUAUAAAAAAAAAACACUUUUUAAAAUUUUUGUCUGUCUGUUUAUUACGGCUAAUCUCCGAAACGGCUGAACCUAUUAUGAUGGGACUUUCACUGGCAGAUAGCUGAUGUCAUAAAAAGUAACUUAGGCUAAUUUUAUGUUAGAAAAAUAAGUAGGGUUCCUCCCAAAUAAUUAAAACCCUAGAUUACACGCGGGCAAAGUUGCGGGGAACAGCUAGUAACUACUAAAAAUAAAAAACUGCUGUAGGCUACUCGCUCCCCAAGAAAUUAAAAAGAAGAAUUAAUUAAUUUUACAUUCUAAAGUCAGGGUAUUAAUUCUGAUAUACUAUGUCAUAGCACCAACGUCAGUAUGUUAAAUUAUAUAAUUUUUUUAGUUCUUUGAAGUCGGCUUUUACUUUUUAUCGAGUUUUUUUUGUUUAAUAAAAAUAUGAGUACUGUGAUCACAGCUUAUAAGGUUAUAUGUUCACAGAGUAUCAUAAAACAUCGAUUACAAUGUCAAAACGCGGUACACCGCUGCUACUACAUCGUCAGUACACUUACUGGAAGCACCAUGUCUCCGGUAACAAGAUCUGCUGGUAUUGCUCGUCAAACCGACGGCUGUACUGCAAAGCGAAAGUCUACACCGAUCUGGACAAUAACUUUAUCGAGAAAAGCGAAAUUCAUAAAAUUGAAGAACGGCAAAUCUUUGCUGAUGUACGACAGGUAUACUUUCAGCAAGCCCUCUGAGUUGGCUAGGUCAGCUGGCACGUAUUGCUGGAGGUGUACCGGUAGAGGCUCCAGCCGUUGCAAUAUGUAUAUACACGUGGAUGGAGACUUGCAGGUGUUAAGGAUCUUCAACGAACAUUCCCAUUUGCCACCUAGAUACAUCAGUGCCAGUGGUGGUUUCUACAUCCGUAUCUAGUUCUGCCAUUGUAAACUAAAGUUAAUUCUG